GGGAACCUCAGUCUGGAACCUAGAUGCGGCACACGCCACUUUUCGGCCUGGUUGCGUCGGAUCUGUCUCCGAACGACCACCCAGACGAUCUCAAGACGGCGAUGGAAGCCGAGGAGGAAAAUGCGGCUGCCAGUGGCACGGCAGGUGCAGAUGCUCAGCAAGGAGCGGAAUGUGAUGGCUUGCGGGAGCCGUUGGGAUGCGAGAAGCGGGUUGGUGUGGCGUACAUCUCUGCAGCUUCAUCGCAUGUCCGCGUUGAGGGGGAGGAAGAGACCUGCAUGGCCAGCCGGGUGCUCACAUCAUCAAGUGAGGAAGAGAUCACGACCGACGAACGAGGCCUGUGGGAGACCAUGGAUGCGAAUGAAAGGUCAGCAGGGAAAAGGAAUGACCUCACGCAUAUCCUACGUGAGCUGCCUGUUGCUGAUGUAUGUUCUGCAUCUUACUUAUGACACUGGCUGGCUUCAGUUGUGUCUGUUAUUCCUCGGGGGCACUGAUUCACGUUGUACACUUAUCUUCGCGCGACAAGAGCACUGAAGGCCACCACGUGACCGGCACAAGUCAAGGAGCCACUGCCUCCCCCACAACCAACGAGCGAGACAAGUCGAGUGUGACGUAUACAUUGGACUUUCACACGCCGGCGUCAGGCGACGAGACUGCAGGAAGGGACAACAAGGGCAGGAGGGUGGUUUCUAUGUCACUUUCGAGUCAUGGUUCGGUGUACUUCUUGCUGUCCUGCGACAACAUGGGCAGGCUGCUCUGCACCAAACUCGCCAGAGUGGCAAGGAAACCUGCACGGGAGUGUCGCAAAGUGGACAAUAUCUAUGCUUGCGUUGUCUUUGUGUUUGUCCAGUCCGAGGGUCGCGUGGUACAAGAGGCGGUGAAGUUCGCAGGAGUGCAGUUCGGAUCCGACAUGCCGAAAAAGGUACUCCGUCAUGAUGUUAAGAAACCCCGACAUCCACCCACCUGCAUGUCCUUCUCUCAGGUUUGCUGGCAUCCGACGGAUACGAGCUUGUUCUCUACCGCACAUCCAUCAGCCAUCUACGUGUGGAACAUCAGCCAACUCAAACAACAGAACAACCUCAGUCAGGAAGACCUACCAACGGUACAAAAGGUCGCGACACCUGGAGAGCCCUUCGUACGUACGCGGAUGCUGCCAUCUCCCCCUCUUGCUUCCGUGGCAUAUGUCAGAUAUCUGAUGAACUAAAGAGUCGCUGCAGCACGUCGGUCCCUCUCGAGUCCUAUCGCGAACAAAUCCUCAGCGAGCCUCACGGAGAAGGAACGGGCACAGUGGAGGUGGCGCUCGUCUGCUUCGCACCUCACGGACAAGGCAUUCUCGGAGCACUGGCGACUGAAGCACGCGGUGCGUACAUCGCUGUCUGGUGGACACAGGUAUGCCGGAACUCAUCAGGGCGCUAAAGGAUUGCCAAAUGAGCUUCUUCGUCUCCCUUCUGCACAGAAAGUUGAGGAUGGUCUCGUGAUGUGCCAGUGCGUCGAGUGUCGGCCUGCGGGCUUCUCGGGCAUCGAUGCCGAUCCACCACAACAGCAGGGGCGAAGGAUCGAGGUAUCGGCACUCGAGUGCAACGCCAUCUCGCCUCUCCGAGCAACCGAUGGCCAUCCGUCCUCUUUUCCAUUCGUCGCCGUCCUGCUCACAGCCACAUCUGCCAACCACAGCGACAAUAAGAGCCAGCAUCAGCAGAAUGGUGUCUCCGAUGCGUCAACCAGCAGCAACAGCAGUAGCACUAUGGUGCUGACAGAGCUGCAGAUCUAUGGGUGGGAGCCGUCUGAGUCGUCCAGCCUCCCGACCCUCUCGGCUGCACCAAUGCAAGUCAUCGAUUUCCGCGUCCCUCUGCUCCCGAAACACCCGUCGGCUUCUUCUUUUGGCAUGUUCGGCUCUCCCAUCCUGUUGCUGAGUCCGACCUACCUGACUCUCGCGAUACGGCACCAAUGCAAGAAAGGCGAUGAAGCUUCACAGCAGCUUCAGCAGCAGCUGUGUGACGUCAUGCUCUUCGACCUCAAUCAUCCGACUGCCAAGGCAUCGCAUUCCUUCCUCAGGCCUGCACCCGUACAAAUGCCCAUCGAGAAACUCAAACACGUGAGUACUGGGAGGGACACAGCUCACAAUCCAGAGUCAUAUCCGCCAGUCGUAUCUGCCCGCUUGUGUCCAGAUAUCAUUGCCUUUCGUCGCCGAUCUUCGUCUCGUGGUGCGUGGAAUGGACAGCGGUGCACCGUUCCCCGCAUCCAAGCGUUCAUCAAGCACUUACUUGCUGGCUUUGGAGCAGAAGGCACUCGUGUCCUACGUGCAAGCGGCAAAAGGAGCAGAGAGCAGCAAGGCCAGCACAGGCGGCACCGGUGUUGCGGAGACACCACAGGCUACUCAGACACAGGUAGCAAACAUUGAAAAUGUGCCAUGAACAAAUCGAAGCGAUGCCACUUCUUCUGGUCGAUUCAGGAUACCGCAAGAGAGUCGAACGGCGCUUCGCCGCCGGAAGACUCGCCCUCCCCGCCCCCGAUUGCGUCCAUUGAGCCGGCACCGUCACCUCCCACCCUCUCCAACGGGAUCGACGCUUCCUGCCCUGCGAUUUCCACGGAUGCCCCUCUCAUUCCCAAGCGCGAGCCAACUGCCAUGCCUGUGCCACUUCCGGGCGAGACACAGCUCGGGUCAGCCACCACGGCCGCGGUGUUAGAUACCUGCGUCAAUCCAGGUGAUCGUCGCGUCGCCACACAAGAGCCAGGGAGUGCGGAAGCCGGGCGCGCUCCAAUUGACCUGUCGGUCGUUGCGGAGCAAGGAGACGAGACAGCCUUCCAGCAGACAUACCGAGAGAUCUACUCAGGGGCCAACCAGCAGACAAAACUGGUGCUAGCAGAGGUACACAGACUCAUCAGGAUCGGUGUACAUGCAAUCAGGUCGCAUGUUGCCCCUUGUCGUAUUCGUGUGCAGUUCAGUGAUGUUGACGGAAGUUUUCAGCGCGCAAUUCAUUCUGAGGUGUCGGCUAUAUUGAACCGGCUGGUCAGCGAGGCUGCUCGGCAGGAGGGCCAGCGUGCUGAGCAGUACCUCGCAAAUCUGCGCAACACAGGGGCCGCGCUGCGGAAUGCAAUCGAAGGAACGGGGACGUCACAGCCAUCCGUCAACCUUGGUAAGAAAUGCGAGAAGAAGCCAGGUAAACAUGACAUAAAUCGACGCAUAGGUUCGGUGGGCUUUGUGAUGACAUCAGUGCUGGACAACCUGGAGAAGCGCCUCACGAGCUUGGUCAAGACGGGUCUGCGUGACAUGGUGCCCCAGCUGAUAGAGCUCAUCUACCAAGGCGCCAGCGCAGGCCCUGCAUCGUGGUCGACGGCAUUGGACAAAGGCAUCGAUGACGUUCUGGUCAGCGGGCAGGCAAACGGGUGCAAGGCCAGUGGCCACUGUUGACUGAUUACUGCAGCAAUCGGCUGGCGUCACUCUCAUGCACGAAUUGGGGAAGCUCGAUGCGUCGCAACUACUCAAGGACAGGUACGAUGAUGCCAGCAUCCAUUGGUCACUACUGUCGUUAUGGGUUUUGUUCGUGCCUCCGUGCAGCAAGGGCGAAGGCCGGUUGGCGUAUGAUGUCGAGGAGACGAGCGAUGCGACUGCCACUUCCGUCAAGACAGUGCUGGCAGCUCUGGAGGCGUCCUUCCGUGAAGACUUCACCAAACAAUGCCACGAGCGUCUCAUUCCGUGCGUCGUGGCCUACGUCAAUGAACCCACCGCAUCGAUCCAGAAGAAGCUGAAUGUAAGUAAGAAAUAUACCUUACGAGAGGGCAACCGAUCCCCGCUGUGAUACUGUGUGCCCGGGGUUGCAGGAAAUCGUGAGAGGCAACGUGGAGAUGCUGUGUCGCGAGAUGAUUGACAAGGCGCGGGAGACGGCGCGGCCUGCGUUGACCUUGCCUGAGCGGAUUUCGUUCGAUAGCGAUGCGACGGCUCUGGAAUGCAGGACCAACCCACAGCAGCGAGCGGACGACAUUCGCAGAGGAAGGGGGGAUGCGAGCGACAAUGAAAAAGGGGUACGAAAGCGCGGGCAUGCAGGUGACAGAGAAAGGAGGAUUCGCGAACUGUGUGUGCGUGUUCAGCUCGUAGGUGAGGCUGACAGGCUGGAGUCACUGAUUUCAUUCACUCAGUCGUUGCAUAGCACCAUGUCGUCAGCGUCGCAGCAGGCUGCACCACCACCAGCACCCUUCUCCUCAUCCUCGCGGGACAUCGGCGCACAAAUCACACAGCUCAUGCAACGUUGCCAAUAUACCUUGGCGUUCGAGCGGGUUGCCUUGUUCUGUCUGAAGGCUGACGGCAGCCGGCAGCAAGGUUAGCCCAGUGCAACGAGAACGGACCCCGAGAGAAUGCAUGUUUGCUCACGUGUAUUGUGUUUCAGGUAAUGACGAUGCGCUCACUGCGCUGUGUCGCGAGAUCGAGAAAUGCACCCCUGAAUCAUUGUGAGAUACAAGUGGAGAGAGCAUCCAGCGCUUACUGUCUCCUGAUUGGUGAUUUCUGUUCCAGCUACGAUGAGCUUGCCUCAGCGGCCCCAGCAGAUGAUCCAUUGGAUAUGCGCAGCCCUGUGUAUCACUGUGUGACGGUGCCGCUGAUGCUCGCGGGUCAUCUGCUGGGCCUGGCGCAGAGCAUUCUAUCGCAGCAAGGCGCCACCAGUGGCACACGUAAGACCGAGGGGAUGGCCGCUGCGGAGGCCAGCCAGGCGAGUCUCAUCGAGCUGCUACUCAGAUGGAUAUGGUACGAAAUGGCAGCGUUUCCCUUACAUGCGUGGAUUGCAUGCUUUUGCGAUUGAUUAUGCCGCUCUCCGCAGUGUUGGGGUCCAGCGUAUUAAUUUGAAGCAGAUGCUGACAGGACAGGUCUCUGACAGCCCCGACAAGGCAACCAAGCUCCUUGAUAACAUCACACAGGUGGGGAAACGCGCCAUUUCAGACACGUCUCAUGGCGUUGUACCAUCUGCACGUGUCCGUUCAGUGUACGCGCGACAUAGUUGUCUUUCUGCGUCGCUUUGAGGACGCGCUUGGACAGUACCAACAAGCAGACCCGCAAUCCAACCAAAGAAGUAAGGCCAGCAUUCACUGACAUCAGUGACAACUUCGUUUGCCUACUUCUAUUACUCUUUUACAGUUCUGUCGAGGCUUUCGUCGUGGGCUCAAUCUGCCAGGGGUCUCCUCAUCAGCUUAGAGGAAGUGACGCCUGAGCUUCUCGUAUCAUAGUGUCCACGUGCAGGAUCUGUGAUGUCGGGGUGUGGACAGACUCAUAAUGCAACCACGACUGUUCCCGCUCAGGAGCUCUUUCUGCCACUCGUCUGCGCUAUAUUAUAUGCCGUGACGUUCACUCAAUCGUUCAUUCAUUACAUUGGAGACCAUUAGUCAUUCCUUACUCAUUCCCGCCCUUUAGGUCAAAC